AAUUGUCACUUCCCAUCAUAAAUCUGUAAUUCCACCUCACCAAUUAAAGUGUCGCGUGUAGGAUUAAUAAUGUCUCAAAUGCAUCGAGUGCAACGGUGGUUGCAUAUAAAAUGUCUUUUCAGAAGAAGAAUUUCUAAGUAUUCUACAACUCUCUUACGCGAACAAGUGCUACGAUGCCAAUGUAUCGAGUAUUGGAUAAGAAAGUACAGGACAAUCCUCUGCUGGGGAUGCAUCUGUUUGGAAUGAGGAUUUUUGGAUUGUAUAUUUUUGGUAGUCAAAGUGUACCCUUUUUGCACUGGUUCAGAGGACUCUUUUUCUCCAUCACUUUCACCAUCUUCAACGUGACUCAGCACGUGGAUUUAAUAUCCCUUUGGGGAAAUGUCGAUGAGAUGACCACAAAUGCGGCCACUACACUUCUCUUCACGACCACAGUUUUCCGCCUUGUGAAUUUCUUUAGAAAUAGAGAGACAUACACAAAUAUUGUGGCACGAUUGGAUGACAUGCUAAGUCAACUGAUGGACACUGAAGUCCCAGAGGAACGGGAUAUCAUUGAGAAAAAUCUGAAGUACACACGAACACUCACAUUGGGGUUUUGGACAAUUGCACUGACCACAGGAAAUCUCAUGUGUGUUCAGUCAUUUAUUCUUUCGUUCCUCUAUGAGCCUCAUGAUGUAUAUGACCCAGUUACGAAUACAACUCAGACAUCUUUUCCACCUGUAAUCCUUCGUUCUUGGUUUCCUUUUGAUGAUCAAUGGGAACACUUUUACACGGUAUAUUUUGUUCAGUUUUACAAUAUGUGGGUGGGAAUGAUAAUUGUUCCCUGUUGGCAUUCAUUUAUGGUAGCUCUCAUGGUAUUUGCCAUUCUUCGCCUUCAAAUACUCAAUCAUCAAUUUCAACAUGUUGAAGUUUAUGUUUUAGGCGGGAUGUACAAUGCUAAACGUUCCAAUGUGGAGAGGCAACAAAGUCCAAAAAAUUUAUUGAACUUCCUGGCAGAGAGUGUUGUGGAACAAGUGAAAAUUCGCGAAUAUGUUAAGCAACUGGAGAAAUUGAUUUCUGGAUCAAUUUUCCUGGAUUUUGUUGUCUUUUCCGUUCUUCUCUGUGCCCUCCUUUUUCAGGGUACUCAUGUUAAGUUUGGUGUAGAAUCUAUCAUCAUAGUUUGCUAUAUAACUACGAUGAUUGUAAUCCUUUGGAUGUACUAUUGGCAUGCAAAUGAGAUCAGUCUUCAUAGCGAAAAGUUGGCUAUAUCUUUGUACAAAAGCAAUUGGUAUGAACACGAUGUGAUAUACCAAAAAGCUGUCCUUCAAUGCAUGGUGGGAAGCAAUAGACUAAUGAAGAUGCAGGCUGGAUUUGUAGUUAUGACUCUUCAUUCUUUCUUAAAAAUCCUACAAGCAUCAUACAGCUAUUUUACCCUACUUACACAAGUUGCUAAUUAA